AUGGCUCUGAUAGGAAAUGACACCUCAGCUCGCCCCGAUUAUGUCCCCCAUUACCUCCUGACGGGCGACCCUUUCGCCUCGAAGCUGUCCAAGGAGGCCGACAUCGUGGCUGCUUUCUACAUCUGCAUCAUAGGGAUCAUGUCAGCCAUAGGAAAUGGCUAUGUUAUAUACAUGACCAUCAAACGCAAGACAAAGCUAAGGCCGCCUGAGCUCAUGACAGUCAACUUAGCCAUAUUUGACUUUUGCAUAUCAGUCACAGGGAAGCCGUUCUUUGUGGCGUCCAGUUUCUCCCACCGCUGGCUGUUUGGCUGGGAGGGCUGUCGUUUCUAUGGCUGGGCUGGCUUCUUCUUCGGUGUCGGCAGCCUCAUCACCAUGACCGUAGUCAGCCUAGACAGAUACCUCAAGAUCUGCCACCUCAGAUACGGAACGUGGCUAAAGAGGCAACAUGCUUUCCUGAGUAUGGUGUUUGUGUGGCUGUAUGCAGGCUUCUGGGCCACCAUGCCCCUGGUGGGCUGGGGCAACUAUGCUCCCGAGCCCUUUGGCACUUCCUGCACUCUGGACUGGUGGCUGGCCCAGGCUUCCGUGGCGGGCCAGAGCUUCGUCAUUGCAAUCCUCUUCUUCUGUCUUAUCUUCCCCACCGGCAUCAUCGUUUUCUCCUACGUCAUGAUCAUCUUCAAGGUCAAGUCCUCAGCCAAGGAAAUCUCCCACUUUGACACCAGGAACAAGAACAGCCAUAAUCUGGAGAUGAAACUGACCAAGGUGGCGAUGCUGAUCUGCGCUGGUUUCUUGAUAGCGUGGAUCCCUUAUGCAGUGGUCUCAGUGGUGUCUGCGUUUGGCGAGCCCGACUCAGUGCCUAUCUCGGUCUCUGUGAUCCCCACUCUGCUUGCUAAGUCCUCUGCCAUGUACAACCCCAUCAUCUACCAGGUCAUCGACCUGAAACACUCCUGCGCUAAAUCCUCCUGUUUUCAAGUUCUGAAGAAGCGCACACAUUUAAAAAAGUCAAGGUUUUACACAAUUUCUGGCUCGCUUAAAGUCAGUCCGUCCAGUAAUGAGGCUCACAUUGAAAUGUGAGAGAAAAACAGUGGUAAUCUCGUGUGAUUUGACACCUGUCCAAUCACAACCCUGCUAUCAUCUGCAAAGAUAUUGACCACCGCUCAUCACCCAAACCUACUGUACGCUACCCAGCCUUGCUGUAUCUAUGUUCCUGCUUCAAACAGCUCUCUGUACUCUCCUACCUCACGUCCCUCUGUGUUUACAGCUCAAGGCUGUUGUCAAGAUGUAUUUUUACACUUUGUACAGAUUGUGUAUUGUGACACCUGUGACAUGCAUAUUUAAACUUUAACCUUUAUGUGCUCCUGAAAGAUCUAAAGUGUUGUUAAGAACGAGGUAUGAUAUACAGAUGUUGGAUCUUAUUUUGACCAGUUUUGUUGCAGGAGUAAAAUAAUCCUGCAGCAGGAGGAGGAUUAUUUGAUUAUUCUCAAAAAAAGUGAUAAUUUCUAACAGGAAAAUAGUUCUGAUAGGCUACAGUAGGCUACAGUUUAGGUGUGAGAUCUAGUGAUAGAAAGAGAAACUGCAGGUUUUCAGGGACAUUAUGCUACGACUAGGACUCUUAAAAAUGUUCUGUGGAGCAAAGUGAUCAAAUUAAGAUACCGUAUCUGUACAGAGUGCUGGAGAGACUGUGGUGUUGAUGUUGGAGUUAAGCGUUAAUCACUGCUUCGGGCAGGUUUGACCUUAGCAGCACUUUUCAUCAACGGUCAAAGUCAUCAUAUGAUUCUUAGUGUCACUGGAUACAUGUUUAGAGACGUCAUUGACAUCACAAAACAAAAUGCUAUUUUAGCUCAUGCAAAAACUGCACGCUCCACUGUGAGGUAGCCACCAGCGCACGUUAAUUGGACCAAAUAUCAAGUCACAGCACAACAACGUCUGUUAAGAGUAGUGGCUAUGUGGUACAGCACUAUGCUCCUGUCAUCGUUAUCCAUUCUGUAUGCGCAGAUGUUAGCCUUUACGUCUCAUAUACAAGACAUUAAGAACACCUUCCUAAUAUUGAUUUGCACCCUUCCUUUUACCCUCAGAACAGCCUCAAUUUGUCGGGGCAUGGCUUCGACAAGGUGUCAAAAGCGUUCGACAGGAAUGCUGGCCCACGUUGACUCCAUUGCUUCCCAAAGUUGUGUCAAAUUGGCUGGAUGUCCUUUGGGUGGAGGACCAUUUUUGAUACGCACCGUAAAAUGUUGAGCGUGAAAAAUCAAGCAGCGAUGCAAUUCUUGACACAAACCAGUGCGCCUGGAACCUACUACCAUACCCUGUUCAAAGGCACUUCAAUAUUUUGUCUUGCAAUUUCACCCUCUAAAUGGCACACAUACACAAUCCAUGUCUUAAGGCUUAGAAAUCCUUCUUUAACCUUCAUCUACAGGGAUUGAAGUGGGUUUAACAGUUGACAGCUAUAAGGGAUCAUAGCUUUCACCUGGAUUCACCUGGUCAGUCUUUGUCAUGGAAAGAGCAGGUGUUCUUAAUGCCGUGUACACUCAGUUUAUGUUGAUUUGACAAAACACAAUUUAAUAAAUAUCCACAUGAUCAGAAGGAAUAAGACAACCAUAAAUGUGUUUUUUGCUUUUAUACCUCUCAAUUACUAAAUUAAUUAAAGUAAUUCACUUAAUUAAAGUAAGUUGAGGUGCUAUUAAGAUCAAAGUCUGUUUUCAAAGUCAGUAACAUGUUUUUUUUUUUAAAGUAUUUAUACUGUGUGUGCUUGUGUAUGGAGUCCAGGCUUUGAGUUAUAUGCAAGAAAACAAUCUUUAGAAAUACAUAAACAUUCAGUGCAAAUAAUUAUCCUAUUGGUUAUUACAACUGUCAUAUGGUCUAUUAUUGUCUUUGAAAUCUUUCAUCUUUACUCUAACUGAGGGUGUCUGCAUUCAACACACUGAAAAAACAAAAGAGGCCCUAGUCUCGCUGACCUCCUUAGAACAAUAGAAAGGAUCAACACACCUGCACUCAGCCUAAGGUCCUAACAUUGGCAAGAACAAUCAACAAUCUUUAUUUGACAGGAUUUAUUCAAAAUCAUACAACAGGUGAGUCUAAUCCUGAAUGCUGAUUGGAAAACCGCAUUCCAGUUUGCGUCUAUUCCACAAGUUACCACCGGCUAAAUCUAUGACGUUAAAAUGCCUAUUUACUCUGUUCCAUCUGACGGUGCAAACCACUGUCUCAUCAGCCCAGCCAGGCAAAUUAUAAACUUGAUCUCCACUAUAAAAAGCAUCUAGACAUUAUCUCCUAUUUCUUUUAGACUAACAUUUAGUUUUCAACAGCAGAGAUUUGUAUAAACCUGCUGUUUGUCUCUCCAACAUUUGCAACAUUGCUUCAAUAUUCAAAUUCGAUCUCCAGCACAUGUUGGGAGUUGGGACGAGACAGGCAGGCAACUUUUCUCAGCCAAUCGUAAUCAUGAAUCGGCAUCAUUUUUAUGGAUAUAUACAAAGAACUAUCAAUAGAAAACAGGUCAAACGAAACAUUUGCAGUCUUUCUAGCUGCAGUUUGAAGUGAUUCUGCUAGCUGUGUUGUUGGCUCGCUCCUCUGAACAACAGUUUCCUGAUGAGAGAGCACAUUUUCUAUGCCAGGCGAAAUCGCGCCUCAUUAGCUCAUUGUUAUGGAUGUAUCCGAUUAAAUGUCUCUAGAAAACAUUUAAAAAAGGCAAAUGCAGCUACUGUUGUUAUUCUAGCUGCACUGUUUGACGUGACUGUAAGUUAGCCAUAGUUGGAUAUCUAGAAAGCAAGGGAUGAGUACGUUGCCAGCCAGUAUGGCAAUGGAACAUUUAGAAAAAACGACUGUUCCAUAGAUACAGAACAAAAAGACUGAACGAAUAGGUCGCGUCUCUGUCAACUGAACCGAUAGCAUGAAUGACCAGAUGGCUUGGGUAACAACUCUAGAUUUGUGUCGGCACUAUAUCUUGUGGAAGGAUGAAAUAGUAUGAAUAAAUUCAUCAAAAUAAUGUUUUUAAUGAAAAUAUGUCAAUCAUUAUUUGAAUAUGUUGGUUACCCGUUGUAUAAAAGUGAUAAUGCCCUUGAAGCCAGUGAUUGGAGGAUAUAUUGGCACGGUGUCACGAACCUCGCCAAAGAUGGUGCCUCUUCCUGUUCGGGCGGUGCUCGGCGGUCGUCGUCGCCGGCCUAUUAGCUGCCAUCGAUUCCCUUUCCGUUUGUUUUGGGUAAUUGGGUACACCUGUUUUGUAUUAGGGUUUGUUUGUAGGGUAUUUAAGGGCACUAGGCCCGCUGGGUAUUUGUGCGGGCUUGUUUUUGUUACUCUGUGUUUGAUGGUGUGAGUUAUUCGUGUAUUUAUUCUCCGGACUAUUUUGUCCUGUUGUUUGGACUGGCAAUUUAUAUACGCCCUGUGUGUUGGCGUGAAUGUUUUGUUGCGCUGGGGAAUAAAUUUGAAAAAAAGACUGAACCCUGCUCUCUGCGCCUGAUUCCACCCACCACUCCUAGUUGAUCGUAACACACGGUUUGCCGGCCAUCAAUUUACAACACCCGUGCCAAUAUAUUCUCCAAACACCGGCUUCAAGGGCAUUAUCACUUAAGCAAUAUCUCCUUUCUCAGUGUCUUACUGGAUCUGUGUUUUUGUUGUUUGUAUGAUUUUUCAGUAUGUACCUUUUCAUUGCCUUGCUAAUCAUUUGAUUUGAUUGGUUUAUUAUUUUAUUGUGUAAAGUUGUGAAUGACCGUGUUAGGAGAGCUUAUUCAUAUCAAAUGUUCUAUAAUGGUAUGCAUUUUGUUCUCCAUUUUUUAGAUUUGCAUCUGUACAAAAUGUAUGUCAACUAAGAGGUUAAUAUUGAUGUCAAAUAGGUAGUAGUCAACUGUAAUGCUUACCUGUCAUCACAUCUUGCUUAUGUACAAAAUUAUGAAUGAGGAAGGAGAUAGCUAAUAUGGUGUCUUUAUUUGAUCUCAGGUAUAGGUUAAGACGAGGUGUAAUCUUUUUCCUUGGUGGGCUGUCUGUAUGUCUCCACAUCACAGUAUUAAUCUCACCACGUUAUCUGCCUCUGUUGGGUUUCUUAAAGGGGUUUAAGGAUGAUGCACUAGUGUACUUCAACAGGGUUUGAUUGUGUCUCAGAAAAGAAGGCGGCUCUACAGGUGUGGGAUCUUAAUUUGAGACAGUUUGCCGCAGCAGGAAAGUAAUUAUUCAACAGGAGAACAUUUUAAUUAUUUUGUGGAUUAUAUAUAUAUUUUUUAAUUUGGGGGGACAUCAAGUCUGAAAUUUCAAAGUGGAAAUUACAUACUUCAGAUGCCUUUUUUAAUUUCCUGCAGCAGUGUGAUCAAAUUAAGAUCCUACAUCUGUCAUUCAUUGCAUUUUCCAAACUAAAUCACUGAAAGUGUUUUGUUUUAAUGUUUUAACAUGAAGAACAUCAUCUGAAUAAGCAAGUACUGUGGUCCAGGAGGAUUAUGUCACAUUGCUUAUUAUCAUAUGUAUUUCCUAAAAGCAUACAGUAACUGUAUUAAUUUAUACUACCUGUAGUUUGCUUUCAAGUACCACAUUGUCACACCUUAUACUUCAUUCCACAUUCUUUGAGGAAUUCGUCUUUGUCCCUUUAUUUUGUAAAGAAAAAGUACAGCAUUCCAUAGCCAUUGCAAAUCUGUUGUGUUGAAUAAUGAUAAGUGCAAUAAAAGGUGCAGUUAUGC